AUGUCCGGCACAUUUCCAAACACAUUAACUCCCCAGCAGCUUGAUGAAUAUCAACAACAGCUACGACAGCUUCAAUUACAACAGCAACAGUCGCAGCAGCGGACAAACGAGCAGCUUCAACAAGCACAAAAUACACAAAAUAUACAAGUGCCACAAAAUGUGCAGGUACAGCAACAAGCCCAACAAGCCCAGCAGACACAACAGGCACAACAGGUACAUUACCAAACAUAUUACCAACAACAUGUUCCCGCCGGUUAUGCUGGUGCUGGUCAGAUUAGCAAUGUUGUUUCAGGUCCUUUAGCCGGUCCCAAUAUUCCGCCAGUUGUUGAUCCUAGUAAAAAUUCUGGAAACGUUAUUACGCAGAAUCAGCAGAUACCGGCGGCUCAGCAACAUCCUGCAGCACCUGUGGCACAAGAGCAACCUUAUUAUGUCAAUGCAAAGCAGUACCAUCGAAUACUUAAAAGAAGAAUAGCACGUGCAAAAUUGGAAGAGAGUCUCAAAAUACAGAAGAGAAGAAAGCCAUAUCUUCAUGAGUCCCGACAUAAACACGCUAUGAGAAGGCCUCGUGGACAAGGGGGAAGGUUUCUUACUGCUGCUGAAAUUGCAGAACUUGAAAGGAAGAAACAGAUUAAAGCUUUGGAAACCAAGAAGGGCUCAAGCGAAAAAGAAGCUAGUGUCAAGCAUGAUCAUUCCCAGAAAGCAGGUUCCGAAGAUAGCUCGUCACCCUCCAGAAUAGAUGAGCAUGCAUCUCCUGUCAAAUAA